GUAAUUUAGAAUAACCACCCCACGCGGCCUAUACUCACUACCUCCAUCUGCCCUCGACGCACAAGCAGUGGUACUCCUCCAACCCUCAAUCUGCCCGCCAUUCCACGUUGCCACUGGGCGGCAAACCCCCGUAGGGCUGAAGAUUAACGUACAUCUCCCGAUGGUUCUUCAACAUCAUUCAAAACGACGCUUGCUCCGCCGUUACGAUAGUGGCUACCAUGGACGACCUGUUGACCCCAAGCCCUGCGAUGCACGAUCCUCCUCCUGACCUCAUGAACGACCCGCAAUAUGCGACAAAUACUGCGAAUGGUGAAGAUGGGAUGGGGGAUGCAGACACUUGCCGGAUAUGCAGAGGAGAAGGCAGCGAUACAGAGCCUCUAUUCCAUCCGUGCAAAUGUAGUGGGAGUAUCAAGUAUGUCCACCAGGAUUGCUUAAUGGAGUGGUUGUCACACUCGCAGAAGAAGCACUGCGAGCUGUGUAAAACCGCUUUCAGAUUCACGAAACUCUACUCUCCGAAUAUGCCGCAGACGCUACCAAUCUACGUCCUCUUUCGGCACGUCAUCAUCCACACUGUUAAGAAUAUCACUACUUGGCUACGGUUCUGCCUCGUGGUCACAGUGUGGCUAGGCUUCCUCCCAUACAUUAUUCGACAAGUCUGGAGGUUACUAUUCUGGUUCAGCGAUGGAGGCUGGCCGCCCCAUUACCUUUCGAUAGAUUCAACCCGAAAUUCCACGGCGAUGAGAGCACUUGAGAUGGCCCGAGAACUGCAGUUGGCCACACUAACUGGAAACGGAACAUCCCCAGUGACCCCGUUUCUUGCAAGUCAGACAACUUCAGCCAGUGUUGGCGGUGUUAUGAAUAAGCUCGUCCGAUUCCUCAAGCCAGUUUCUCAAACCUUGAAUGUUAGCAGCGCCGAUCCUCUCGCCGCCGGUCUCUUCAAGUCUCUCUACUAUGGUUUUGGAAUGUCGAAGGUUGUGAUUCCGGAAGACUCUGGGACGAACGCAAACGUCUCGCAGCUCCUCACUAGCCACUCUCCCACAUCUCGAAAUCCCUCACUAUUGAGUGAAAUCCCGGUUUUGAGGAAUUUGACCAGGAACUCCUAUUUCAACCAGCUAAUCAUCACGAUUGCGGAGGGUUAUAUUAUCACAAUCCUAGUUGUAGUUUGUUUUAUACUCGUCUUCUUGAUUCGGGAAUGGGUCGUCCAGCAACAGCCAGGGAUUAACAUGGGGGCUGGAUUCAACGCAGAAUUUGCUGCACCUGAGAGACCAAGGGAACAGCAAGUAGUACCUGAGCCGCGCCCAUUGCCUAAUGGAGUGGAUAUCCAAGAGCCUAGGGACAUUGGACAACGACCAAUGGCACGACCACGCCGACGAAAUCCUCACUUAGGAGACGGCGAUGAUGCGCGGCCCGCUCGACAGAAUUUGGACCCGGAAAAUGGGCCAGAUCAUGAAGCAGAAGUUGGGCCAUUCGCGAACCGCCCGACUCCUGUAAGGGACGCAUUGUCACCAGCGGCAGAGAUUCAAAGAGCACUCACGGAGGAGCCAAGGAUGACAGAAGAGUUCCUCGCCAUUUGGAGACGUGCAGACAGUGACCCCAAGGAGGUCUUGCGUAUUAUCGAGACAGAAAAUAAAGGGGACCAACUACGUUAUUGGGUUAAUGCUAUGAAACUCCUCCAAACUCCUUCUCCAGCAUCGCCAGCAUCGCCAGCCCUGCCCGCCUCGUCUCCAGAUCCUCCUGCAGGUACCGUUGCAGGUACAAGCACUAGAACCCCCGAAGUUCCCGCUAUUAGCUUUACCAGCUCUGAGAAUAGUAGCACCGAUGAUUUGGGGAAGCAGUCAGCCAGUGACGGAAGCAGUGCUAGCUCUGAAAGUUGGGUCGAGAUUCCGAAGCCUCCCGCACUCCUACAUCACAACAGUACUUCCGUCGAGCCAAACGCAGAAAUCACCCAGGCGUUUGAAUAUCGCCCUCUGGACAAAGGCAAAAAUCGGGCGAUUGAAGGCCCAGAACCCUCACUUCCUCAGAAUGAUUCCUCUGAUAAGGAGAACACCAGACCAGCACUGAAUCCUUUUAUACCCGAAUCGGCAAGUAACCUUUGGACCUCCUCGGCAUCCGGUGUUUCUUUUUCGUCAAGUACUUCUCGGCCCCGAGCUAUCUCCGAUGGACCGCAGACGAAAGAAAGCAUAUUAACCAAUAACUGGAAUUUCUCAAACCUGCCAGACGAUGACAACGUCGACUAUAAGUUUUCGUGGAAUAAAGGGAAUGACACACCUGCCGAGAUCUCCAGAGCAGCACCUGGUCCAGCCUCCUCAGCUCAAAUCACUGAACCAGAAAACCACAUUCACGACAGUCAGGCAUGGAAGGCUGCGCAAGAUUUGCGGGUCCAACAAGCCAUCGCAAGAGGUAGAGAAGUCCAUAAAACAGCGUUGGCGGGUCAUGAAUCUGCCAGCUCACUCCACAUGGAAAAGAACGACGCAGAAGCUGCCACAAAUGAGAAAGAACAUUCUGUUGAGACACCCGAUGAGUUCGUAUAUCGACCCAUAAUAUUGGACGAGGCCGUCGAACUCUCCGAUUCGGACAACGAAGCCGAACCAGAUGAAGCCGCACCACCAAUUGUGCUCCCAAAUGAUGUUUCACCUCCGGAAACCAGAGAGCCGGUCCUGGCUCGCCCGGCAGAACCUCAAGGCCUCUUGGCAAACAUUGCAGACUUUUUAUGGGGAGGCGUUGGUGACGAUAGGCCUCAAGAGGAGCAAGGCGCAAAUGACGAACACAUUGUGCAAGAUCUUGCUGCCGAAGCCCCUUUUGUUCCCGUUGUCCAUCAAGACCCUUUCGACCAAGGAGGUGAAUUCGCCGAACAAGAUCGCGAGGUUGUCGAAGCUGCAAUUGCCGCUGGCAUAGAUCCAAACGAUCAGGAUGCAAUCGACGAUGCAGAGGACUUUGAAGGCAUUAUGGAGCUUGUCGGAAUGCGUGGUCCUAUUUUUAGCCUCGUUCAAAACGCCUUGUUCAGCGCCUUCCUGUUAGCACUUACUGUCGCCUUUGGUAUAUGGAUCCCCUACAAUAUCGGAAGAGUCUCGUUGUUACUCUUGGCCAAUCCCGGACCUGCUUUCAAGCUUCCUAUGAGACUCAUCUUCGGGCUUGCGGCCCUCAUGCAAGAUUUAGCAUUGUCGUUGAUGGGCGUUGUGUCGUGGUGCUUGAUUAGGAUAUUCUCUGUCCCGUUGUCAAUCUGGUAUUCCGCCUCGGAUAGUACUCCUGGCCUGGGUAUUCGCUCCACAGCGUUGAAUGUCUCCCAAUCCGCUCUUGAACGGGUCAUAGAUAGCACCAUGAAUAGCUUGGUCCACAUUGGGGACUCGGAGAUUUUUGCCUUCUCCGCAGCCUCACACGAGUCUCUAAUAUACCUCAAAAAUCUCGUGAUCGAUACACUCAUCACGAUCGGCGAAACGGUCUCCUAUAUCUUCGUCGGAGAUUACGGUGUAACUAGAGCAAGCAUUUGGGCGAUCUUGGCUCGUGCAUUUAAUCAUGGAUGGCAUUUCGUAUCCGCUAUGCCCGGUUUCCUGGCCAGAUCUGAUUCCUGGGUUAUCAGUCUGGAAGUGGGCAAGCGAGGUAGCCCGCUAGACCUCGAACUUAGCGUCUGGGAUGGGAUGGAUCGCUUCUGGGCGACAGUAGCAGGCUACACGGCACUCAGCCUCCUUGGUGCACUGUACGUCAAGAAAGGCUCACCAUUCUCAACCGGUCCAGUUGGACGAGAAUGGGAAGCGACUAUCAUCGACCUUCUUAAUCAAGCUGGAGGUGUGAUGAAAGUCAUCUUGAUCAUUAGCAUUGAAAUGUUGGUCUUCCCCUUGUACUGUGGGCUUCUUCUUGAUGCAGCUCUGCUACCGCUCUUCGACAACACUACGAUCGUAUCCCGGAUUCUAUUUACUUUCAAAUCCCCACUUACAUCCAUCUUUGUGCAUUGGUUCGUUGGGACUUGCUAUAUGUUCCAUUUUGCGCUUUUCGUUUCCAUGUGUCGGAAGAUAAUGCGGAAAGGAGUUUUAUACUUCAUCCGCGAUCCAGACGAUCCUACAUUCCAUCCCGUUCGGGAUGUUCUAGAAAGAAAUGUAGCAACGCAACUACGAAAGAUUCUCUUCUCGGCCCUAGUUUACGGAGGCUUGGUAGUCAUUUGCUUGGGAGGCGUUGUAUGGGGACUAUCAUUUGCAUUCAAAGGCGUUCUACCAAUACACUGGUCAUCGAAUGAACCGGUCCUGGAGUUUCCUAUCGACCUCCUCUUCUAUAAUUUCUUGAUGCCGCUGGCAGUCAAGUUUUUCAAGCCCUCGGAUGGGCUCUACACCAUGUACAGCUGGUGGUUCCGGCAAUGCGCGAGAAUGCUGCGACUUACAUGGUUCAUGUUUGACGAGAGAAAGGAGGACGAGGAAGGCUAUACUGUCCGACGAAGUUGGAUGGACAUCUUCCGAGGAAUGAAGGGGGAAAGGAAUAUCAAGACGGAGGAUCCCUCGCAGCCUUUCGUUGAGGAUCCCGCUCUCAAUGCCUACUUCCGGCAAGAUGGAAGAUAUGUCCGAGCACCAGCAUCAGACCAGGUCAGAAUUCCAAAAGGAACCCGCAUAUUCCUCGAGGUUGACGAGACGAACAACCGAAUGGACGGCAAAUGGGAUAGGCCAGAUGGUGUCCACGGAAAGAACUCGGAGCUGUACAAGCAAGUAUACAUCCCACCAUGGUUUCGCCUCCGGAUAUGCCUCUUCAUAGUCUUCAUCUGGCUAUUUGCCGCAUUGACAGGUGUUUCUAUCACGAUCGUGCCUCUGGUAUUCGGCCGUCAGGUUUUCGCAAAGCUGAUCCCUGCCCAUGUCCGCAAGAACGACGUUUACGCCUUUUCGAUAGGGACAUACAUACUUGGCUCGGCUCUCUAUGCUAUUGUACACGUAGGGAAGUUCGUCUCGUACCUGCGCUCGGCUUUGGCAAUCAAUGCGGAGACUCCCAAAAAUGUUAUGCGUCAAGUCGCAGCAGCCACUUCUCUGGUCGCACGAAUAGCCUGGACCUACACAGCGUUCCUUUUCAUCCUCCCGACUCUCUUCGCCUUCCUCAUCGAAUUUUAUUUCAUCGUCCCACUUCACACAUAUUUUGCAUUCGAAGAGCGCCACGUUAUUCACUUCGUACAAAGCUGGACUUUAGGUCUUCUCUACGUGAAACUCACAACACGUAUUAUCCUCUGGCACGAAGAGUCUCGGCCAGCCCAAUCCCUACGUGCUAUCACUCGUGAUGGCUACCUCAACCCGGACGCACGCCUGGCAACACGUAGCUUCAUUCUUCCUGUUGGCUUGCUUCUUUGCUCGGCACUCGCGUACCCUUGGUGCCUGGCUAGGAUAGUAACGAUGACGGUCUUGAGAGACAAGCCGGAGAAACAUCUCUUGACAUACCGAUACGCCUAUCCCAUGUGCCUCGCCCUUUGUUGCAUCGGCUUCGCGUUGUACAUCCUAUUAGGCUGGGUGAAGGACUGGAGGAUGAAGAUUAGGGAUGAGGUUUAUUUGAUUGGAGAACGACUACAUAAUUUUGGGGAUCGGAAGACAGGGUCGAAUGGUGUUGCUGUCCCGAAUAUGCGACGAAUUGAGACGUGAUGAUGGGGCUGCUGGACGAACGAACGUAUAUGAAUUGGGUGGGGAUCAAACUGGGGGAGCACAGAAUGGCGUUUGAGGGAAAUACCAUUUUUGACGCUUCGAGCGUCUCCUUUGUUGUUAUACACUGUACAUGUUUGCAUAUUAAAUCCACUACAUCUCAAAUCAUCCCGAUUCUUUACCAAUCGCUUAUGAAUAUACUUAGGAAAUUCUUGAGGAAGGCCA